AUGGUGUUUGUCAAAUUCAAUCGUGCCUUAGACCGUCGAGUUAAAUAUAGGGAGAAGGAUCCUAUUCUUUUACAAGAGAUUGAUGAAAGUAACGAGUGGUUGAUGGGAAGACUUGAAGAGGAGAAUGAUGAUGAUAUAGUAUUUAAUGGUGAAGAUCUUACUUGGAGAGAUGUAGCUCACGCAUCAGGUGCUUAUGAGCCUAGUUAUCUAACUAGAUCGGGAGUGCAAAAUGAUGGAGUCGGUUCAUCGGGUAUUGAUAAGGGAAAAGCUCCAGAAUCUAGUCAACGAUCUGGAUUUCGUUUGGUGGAUGAAGAGGUGGAAGAGGAUAUCGGAAGUGAUUGUGGAGGAGAUGGUGUUGUCCAAGUUGACAACGAUGAUGACCGUUUCGCGUAUUUUUAG